AUGUCCUCCCGAAGCUUCACCGUUUUCGUUGAUACACCGGCAUCGGAAGAGACAGAAACCAAACCAAAACCGACGACUAAUACCCGCCUUUCUCGCUCCCUCUCGGAAUCCUCUCUUUCCUUGGGCUUGUCGCCCAUCUACACCACCGACAAGGAAAACUUAGACCCUCUCACUGGCGAGCGAGUUGGAUCCUCUACUGCUCUCGGCAAAAAGCGCAAGGGCAGCAUCAGCGUUCUUGCAGUCAAACCACCGCUAGAAGUGAAGUUGUCGAAGGGAAAGGACGUGUCCGCGUCAGAGGCACAACCUGAGGCUAAGAAGAGAAAAUCAUCCGUCUCUUCUUCCUUGAGUUCGAAAUCAAAAUCGAAGAAGGAACUGAAAGCUCCUGGCUCUGGGAAGAAGUCGGCGAAGAGGUCCUCCCGCAGGGCUUCUCCCAUGCCUAAGCUUGACGAAGAAGUUGAAUCGGACAAGGAGCAGACUAGGGUCAAUCAGGCUCUGAUUAAUUCGAAGUGCUAUGACUUGACAGUCAAGCCUCUCGCAGAUGUUUCCGAGGCGUAUGAGAUGGAGGGCGAUUAUACUGAAGAACGAGAAGUUUUUCAAUUUGUCAAGGAGCCCUCUGCUGACCCGGAGAUCCGUGACUACUUUCCGUCUAGCUCCUUAUCGUCGUCGACGACCUUGCGCGGAUCUUCGCCUGCCGAAUUAAAAACUUUUUCAACCCCCGAACGCAAGCAAAUCUACUCUGCCUUUACUUUCACAUCGCCGUCUCCCACCAGCGAACGCAUUGCGAAGAGCAAACGCUCAGCCAGUAUGCCCCCUCUUGAUUUUGGUGUGCACGGCAAAAGCUCAUAA